AUGGCCGGCGAAUUUAAGCGAGAAAGCCUAUUUCAAAAGGGCCCCAAGUGGAAACGAGAGCAUGUAGCAGAUUACAAAUUCGAUUUUGUUGACGUUGAUGAAUUUCAUGAUCCAGGAUGGUGGAUGGCAUUCAAAUUUAUUAUACUCUAUUUCUCUAUAGCCAUGUCGACACUUGUAUAUUGUGCUGAACUAUGGACAGCUGGAAUUUUGUUGAUUUACGACAAAUGGUCACUUUCAACACAACCUUUGAUUCGAUUCGAAAUUAGUAAAUGGAUCUAUGUUGGUUGUAUUAUACUCUCGUUCUUGCUUCUGGCCUGGGAAAUCCGCAAAGCUAGAAAUAUCAUUCGCUCUCGAAACAUUUCGUACGCAGCUACAAACGUAAUGGCUUCUCGCUUCUACUCGAUGAAGAGCUACUCCCAUUUUUGCCUAUUUCAAACGAUUCAUUCCUCAAGAAAAAUAACGGAUUACAUGGCAUUUUUUGUGUUCUUUACUCUAAAGGGCUGGAAACGUCUGCUAUUUGCACAAAGCCCUCGACAAAUUAUUGCUGGAAUUACAGUAUACGCUCUACUAAAGUCGGCUUGGACAAAUAAACAAAAUAACUUUGAAUUCACUACAAAUUGGGAUGCAUAUGGAGAAGAUUGGUCUCAGCGCGUGGCGCUCUUGCUGAUGAGCUUUACUUGUAUUUUAUGGUGUCUAUCAAUACUCUCUUUUGUAUUAGGAUGCUUUCUGUAUCUGCCAAUUCUCUGUCACAUUCAAGGAAAUCUAAAGGAAUAUUGCUGUCACAAGAUUGACAAACGCAUUUCCGAGAUCCUGGAGAGACAACGAAAAAGACGAAUCAAAGAACUAGAAAGAAAGGAAGCAGCGAUUAAUGAUCAAAAUACAAGAAAGAACAACGCUAGUAAUCUGAAAAGAGAAAAUCUUAACCGUACUGCUACUCUGCCAACUCUUCCCAAGGUAGACGACAGUGAU